AUGGUGGACGGUUUCAUUUACACAUGUGGUGGGACGUUAAAAGGAAAAAACGGAACCAUCGAAAGCCCUGGAUAUCCACACGGGUACCCAAACGGAGCGAACUGCACUUGGGUUAUUGUAGCUGAGGAAAGGAACAGAAUUCACAUAGUUUUUCAAUCCUUUGCCGUGGAGGAGGAAUAUGACUUUUUAUCUUUAUAUGAUGGGCAUCCUCACCCCGCCAACUUUCGAACAAGGUUAACAGGAUUCCACGUGCCUGCUCCAGUCACAAGCACAGGCUCUGUUUUCUCCUUGCGUCUCACCAGCGACUUCGCUGUGAGCGCCCACGGCUUUAAAAUCUAUUAUGAAGAGCUACAGAGCACUUCCUGUGGAAACCCAGGCGUUCCUGCCAAAGGGAUUCUGAACGGCACACGGUUUAAUGUGGGUGACAGGAUCCAAUACCGCUGUGUGCCUGGGUACACACUGGAUGGUCAUGCUCAGCUAACUUGUGUCACCAGCACAUCCAACGUAGCUGCAUGGGACUUUCCAGUGCCCAUCUGCAGAGCGGAGGACACGUGCGGAGGAACCUUCCGGAGUUCCAGUGGCGUGAUUUCCAGCUCGGACUUCAAGAAUGACUAUAAGAACAAUGGAGAGUGUACAUGGACCAUUGUGGCUGACCCUGGAGACACCAUUUCACUCGUCUUCACUGAUUUCCAGAUGGACAACAAGUUCGACUACUUGGAGGUGGAGGGAUCAGAGCCACCGUCAAUAUGGUUAUCUGGGACAAAUAUUCCGGUACCAAUCGUCAGCAACAAGAACUGGCUCCGGCUCCAUUUCGUCACUGAUAAUAGUCACAGACACAAAGGCUUUACUGCUCAGUAUCAAGUGAAACGGUCUGGAGACUUCAAAUCAAGAGGCGUGAAGCUGUUGCCUGGGAAAGACAACACAAGCAAAUUUGCUAUAAUGAAUGAAGGAGGUGUGAAGCAAGUGUCAAAUGACUGCUCAGACCCUGGGGAGCCGGAGAACGGCAGGCGCAUUGGCAACGAUUUCAGUAUCGGCGCGAUGGUUGGGUUCACAUGUGACGGCGAUCACGUGCUGCAGGGCUCCAAAAGCAUCACCUGCCAGAGGGUGGCGGAAGUCCUUGCCGCAUGGAGCGACCAUCCACCCGUCUGCAAAGUGAAAACGUGUGGGUCAAACCUCUACGGUCCAUCUGGGACUUUUACUUCUCCCAAUUUCCCCAUCCAGUAUGAGAGCAACUCGCAGUGUGUUUGGAUAAUUACCGCCAGUAACCCAAAUAAGGUGAUCCAGAUCAACUUUGAAGAGUUUGACUUGGAGCUCGGAUACGAUACGCUUACGAUAGGAGAUGGAGGAGAGGUCGGAGACUCCAGAACCAUCAUCCAAGUUUUGACUGGCAGCUUCGUGCCUGACCUGAUUGUCAGCAUGACCCAUCAGAUGUGGCUCCAUUUGCAGUCGGAUGAGAGCGUCGGCUCCAUUGGCUUCAAAAUCAACUACAAAGAAAUUGACAAGGAGAGCUGCGGUGACCCUGGUAUCCCUUUGUACGGCUUCCGAGAGGGAGCGGGUUUCUCCAAUGGCGAUGUACUACGCUUCGAAUGUCAGUUCGGAUUUGAGCUCAUCGGUGAAAGAACCAUUUCCUGCCAGAAUAACAAUCAGUGGUCCGCCAACAUCCCCAUCUGUAUUUUCCCAUGUCUGUCCAACUUCACGGCCACCUCAGGGACAGUCCUGUCACCAGAUUACCCAGAAGGCUAUGGCAACAAUUUGAACUGCGUGUGGCUGAUCAUCGCCGAGCCAGGAAGCCGCAUCCAGCUGGCCUUCAACGACUUCGACCUGGAGCCACCCUAUGACUUCCUGACAGUGCGGGAUGGCGAGUUGCUGGGCCGCUUCACGGGCACUGAGGUGCCGUCACACCUCACCAGCAACUCCAACGUCCUGCAGCUGGAGUUCCAGGCUGACCAUUCCAUGUCUGGCCGGGGCUUCAACAUCUCCUACAGCACGUUCGGACACAACGAAUGUCCCGACCCUGGUGUGCCCAUGAACGCAAAGCGCUUUGGGAAUAAUUUCCAGUUGGGCAGCUCCAUAUCAGUGGUGUGUGAAGAAGGCUUCAUAAAGACCCAAGGCUCAGACACGAUUGUGUGUGAGCUGGAGGAAGGCGGAGUCAUGUGGAGCGGUUUGAUUCCCAAGUGUGAAGCUCCAUGUGGUGGUCACUUCACAGCCCCGGUGGGGGUGAUCCUCUCUCCAGGGUGGCCUGGUUAUUAUAAAGACUCUCUGAGCUGCGAGUGGGUGAUCGAGGCCGAGCCGGGACACUCCAUCAAGCUCAGCUUUGACAGGUUCCAGACCGAGCUUAAUUAUGAUUUCCUGGAGAUCCACGAUGGCCCCAACCUGCUCUCGCCACUCAUCACCUCUCUGAACGGCACUCAGGUUCCUCACUUCCUGUUCAGCAGUGGCAGCUUCCUGUAUCUGCUUUUCACUACAGACAGCAGUCGCUCCAACAGCGGAUUCAAGCUCUUUUACGAGAGCGUCACUCUGGACACGCACUCCUGUCUGGACCCUGGUGUGCCGGUGAACGGAGUACGCUACGGUCACGAUUUGUCCAUCGGCUCUGUGCUUAAGUUCUCAUGUGAGCCAGGCUACCAGCUGAGUCACGACGAGCCACUGGUGUGCGAGAGGAGCCACUGGUGGAGCCACCCCCUCCCAAGCUGCGAUGCUCUGUGUGGUGGUGAUGUUAAAGGACCCGAUGGCAUCAUUUUGUCUCCUGGGUUCCCGGAGCUUUAUCCCAACUCAUUAAACUGCACGUGGACAGUGGAGGUCAGCCACGGCAAAGGCGUUCAGUUCACCUUCCAUACUUUUCAUCUGGAGGAUCACCACGAUUACCUGCUGGUGACAGAGAACGGCAGCUUCGCUCAGCCCCUGGCACGUCUCACGGGCUCACAGAGGCCCCCGACCCUCAAUGCCGGUCUCUAUGGCAACUUCCGAGCCCAGCUACGCUUCAUCUCUGACUUCUCCAUCUCCUUCCACGGCUUCAACAUUUCCUUCACUGAGUAUGAUCUGGAGCCAUGCAAGGACCCAGGAGCACCGCGAUUCGGUGGCCACAGCAGCAGCAGCUUUGGCGUGGGCGAUUUGGUGACGUUUUCGUGCUUGCCCGGUUAUCGGCUGCAGGGCCCACAGGGCAUCACGUGCCUGGGUGGCGGACGGCGCACAUGGAGCGCCCCUCUGCCAAGGUGUGUGGCUGAAUGUGGAUCGACUGUUUCCCAGAACGCUGGAGUCCUCCUGUCCCCGAACUACCCUCUGAAUUACGAGAACAACCAUGAGUGCAUUUAUAACAUUCAAGUGCAGAAAGGGAAAGGCAUCAACAUUACGGCAAGCAGCUUCCGUCUGGCUCAAGGUGACGUCUUAAAGGUCUAUGACGGACCAGAUAACACCGCAGACGUUAUCGGAGCGUUCUCCAGUUCCUCCAUGUUGGGAGUCACGCUCAGCAGCACCUCCAACCACCUUUGGCUGGAGUUCUUCUCGGAUCAGGACGACACCGCAGAGGGCUUCAAACUCAACUACAGCAGUUUUGAACUCUCUCACUGUGACGAGCCAGGUGUGCCACAGUUCGGCUCUAAAGUGAAUGACCAAGGCCACUUCGCAGGAAGUGCUGUCACAUACCAAUGUGACCCAGGCUACACACUCCAUGGCAGCAGUUUGCUGAGGUGUAUGACGGGUGAGAGGCGAGCAUGGGACCAUCAGCUUCCUUCCUGCAUAGCGGAAUGUGGCGGAAGUUUCAAAGGUGAAUCAUCGGGGCGAAUAUUAUCUCCUGGAUACCCGUUUCCUUAUGACAACAAUCUCCGCUGUACAUGGGCCAUUGAGGUGGACUCAGGCAAUACUGUCAGCCUCCAGUUUCUCGCCUUUGACACGGAAGCAUCUCAUGACAUCCUGAAGGUGUGGGACGGCCGUCCCGAGAACGAGAUGCUUCUGAAGGAAGUAAGCGGUUCCCUGUUGCCUGAUGGGAUCCACAGCACCCUCAACAUCGUUACCAUUCAGUUCGAGACCGAUUUCUACAUCAGCAAGUCUGGCUUCGCUAUCGACUUUUCCAGUUCAGUAGCGACCGCCUGCAGGGAUCCAGGAACACCAAUGAAUGGCACACGGAGCGGCGAGGGCAAGGAACCAGGUGACACCAUGACAUUCGUGUGUGACCCAGGCUACGAACUACAGGGCGAGUCUCGAAUCACCUGCAUUCAAGUGGAAAACCGAUACUACUGGCAACCAAGCCCUCCUACUUGCAUUGCUCCUUGUGGAGGAAAUAUCACAGGCUCAUCUGGAUUCAUCCUGUCUCCAAACUUUCCUCACCCCUACCCACACAGCAAGGACUGCGAUUGGUUCAUCACUGUGCACCCUGAUUAUGUCAUCUCAUUAGCCUUCAUCAGCUUCAGCAUUGAGCCCAAUUACGACUUCCUGUACAUUUAUGAUGGACCGCACACUAACAGCCAUCUGAUUGGGACGUUUCAAGACAGUAAGCUUCCAGAGAAGAUAGAGAGCAGCUCGAAUAUCAUGCACAUCGCCUUCCGCAGUGACGGCUCCGUGAGCUACACCGGCUUUCAUCUGGAGUACAAGGCUAAGCUGAGAGAGGCGUGUUUUGACCCAGGGAGUGUGAUGAACGGUACUCGACUGGGCAGCGACUAUAAACUGGGCUCCAGUUUGACCUUCCACUGUGAGCCAGGCUACCAACUGCAGGGCUACUCCACUCUCACCUGUGUGAUGGGCAACACCAACCGACCUGAGUGGAACAGAGCAUUGCCCAGCUGUCAAGCACCUUGUGGGAGCAGGUCGACGGGGUCAGAGGGCACCGUGCUGUCACCCAACUACCCCCGGAACUACACCAAAGGCCAGACGUGCCUCUACGAAAUCUCUGUGCCAGGCGAGUUCGUGCUUUUUGGCCAGUUCAUGUUCUUUCAAACCACCACCAAUGAUGUGGUGGACAUCUACGAUGGACCUUCUUCUGAUUCUCCUCUUCUAACGUCCAUCUAUGGCUCCCAUUCAGGAGAGCCGCUGCCUCUGAGUGCUGGCAAUGAAAUCACCAUAAAGUUUACAGCAGAGGGUCCGAACACGGCCAAAGGCUUCCAUUUUGUCUACCAAGCUGUACCGAGGACCAGCGCCUCCCAGUGCAGUUCGGUCCCUGAGCCUCGCUAUGGGAAGCGGAUUGGAAGUGAUUUUGGACUCGGUGCUGUUGUGCUGUUUGCGUGUAACCCUGGAUACCUCCUCCACGGAGCCAGCACCAUCCGGUGUGAAUCUGUGCCCAACAGCCUGGCCCAGUGGAAUGGAACGGUGCCAUUAUGCACAGUUCCCUGUGGUGGCAUCCUAACAGCACGCCGAGGAACCAUCCUAUCUCCUGGUUACCCCGAACCUUAUGAUAAUCACCUCAACUGUGUCUGGAAGGUCUUUGUACCAGAAGGAGCUGGAAUUCAAAUUACAGUCGUAACAUUUUCCACGGAGCACAACUGGGACUCGCUGGAUUUCUACGAUGGUGUUGACAGUAACGCACCGAGACUUGGCAGCUACUCAGGAAUCACCAUCCCACCGCUUCUGAACACCACGUCCAACAACCUGUACCUCACGUUUCAGACGGACAUGAGUGUCUCAGGGGCAGGAUUUCACCUGGAGUACGCAGCGAUAGGUUUGGACUCCUGCCCGGAGCCACAGACCCCCAACAACGGGAUGAAAAUCGGCGAGCGCUACAUCGUUGGAGAUGUCGUUUCCUUCCAGUGUGAUCAGGGAUACACGCUGAAGGGAAGUGCAUUUAUAACGUGCAUGCCAGGACCCGUCAGAAGAUGGAACUAUCCGCCACCUCUCUGUCUCGCCGAGUGCGGCAGCUCUCUGUCCGACAUGACCGGCGUCAUCCUGAGUCCCGGCUUCCCAGGAAAUUACCCCAGCGGCCUCGACUGCACCUGGACAGUUCGGCUCCCCGUCGGCUUUGGGAUUCACCUGCAGUUCCUGAAUUUCUCCACCGAGGCCGUACACGACUAUCUGGAGGUCCGGAGUGGGAGUUCAGACUCAGGCACGGUGAUCGACAGGUUCAGCGGCUCUGUCGUUCCUGAAUCAUUUUUCAGCACCACCCACGAGACGAGCUUCAUCUUCCACAGCGAUUACUCGCAGAACAAAGCCGGCUUCCACAUCGUCUACGACACCUACGAGCUUCAGCGCUGCCCGGAUCCGAGGCCCUUCAGAAACGGCCAGGUGAUGGGCACGGAUUUUGGCGUGGGCAUGACCAUCUGGUUCCAGUGUCAGCCGGGCUAUACGCUUCUCGGCCAGGCCUCACUCACCUGCCUGCACGGAGUCAGCAGGAACUGGAAUCACCCUGUCCCUCGCUGUGAAGCACUUUGUGGUGGAAAUCUCACUGCCCUGGAGGGCACCAUCUACUCUCCAGGUCACCCGGAUGAUUACCCCAACCUGAAGGACUGCACAUGGACUAUCAGGGUCCCACCAGGCAAUGGCAUCUACAUCAACUUUACCGUACUGAACACUGAACCUAUCUACGACUACAUCACUGUGUGGGACGGCCUGGACCAGACCUCACCUCAGCUCGGUCAGUUCAGCGGCAGCUCGGUACAAGAAACCGUCUCCAGCACCUCCAACCACGUCCUCCUGAAGUUCCACAGUGACUUCAGCACCAGCGGAUUCUUCGUUCUGCAUUAUCAUGCGUACCAGCUCCGUGUGUGUCAGCUUCCUGCACCUGUCGCAAACGCGGAGAUCCUCACCGAUGGAGACGAGCUUGAAAUCGGAGAUAUCAUCAGGUACCGGUGCCUUCCAGGCUUCACGUUGGUGGGCAGUGAGAUUUUGACUUGCCGUCUGGGUGAGAGGUUGCAGAUGGAUGACACUCCUCCAGUUUGCCAAGUGCGAUGCCCCGACAACGAGGUGCUUUUCGACUCCACGGGCGUGAUCCUGAGUCCAGGUUUCCCAGAAAACUACCCCAACCAGCAGAUGUGCUCCUGGAUGAUCAGUGUGGAGAAGGGCUACAACAUCACCCUGCACUUUGAGCUCUUCCAAACCGAGAAGGAGUUCGACAUCCUGGAGAUCUUUGAUGGACCCAACAUUUACAGCCCGAGUGUGGCGGUGUUGAGCGGCGAGCUGGCUGUGCCCUUCACCCUGAGCACCACGGGCCACCAGCUCCUCUUGCGCUGGUCCUCAGACCACGGCACCAACCGCAAGGGCUUCCGCAUUACGUACGUGGCGAUGUACUGCAGCACCCCAGACUCUCCGCAGCACGGCUUCGUUGUUAGCCAAACCGGCGGCCAUGUUAACAGUGUCGUGCGCUGGGCCUGUGACCGCGGAUACAGGCUGAUUGGGAAAAGCAUGGCCAUGUGCAAGAAGACCGAAUUCGGCUAUCUAACCUGGGACUCUUCAGUGCCAGCGUGCCAAGCUGUGUCUUGCGGUAUGCCAAGAGCUCCCGCCAAUGGAGGCGUGCUGGCACCUGAUUACUCAGCAGGCACACGGGCGACGUAUUUCUGCAACGAAGGUUUCAGGCUCUCGUCUAAAGAGGUGACGAGUACGGUAUGCCAGGCUGAUGGAACCUGGAGUAGCCACAACAAGAUCCCACGCUGCACCGUCAUGGUGUGCCCAAGUAUUGGCUCCUUCACGCUGGACCACGGUAAGUGGAAGAUCGUUAACGGAUCUCGUUAUGAAUACAGAACCAAGAUCGCCUUCAGCUGUAACCCUGGUUACUACCGCCUUGGCCCCUCUCACAUCCACUGCACGUCUAACGGGACAUGGAGCUGGAGGAACGAAAGGCCACGCUGCAAGAUUAUUUCUUGUGGGAUGCUGCCCACACCUCCUAAUGGGAAGAAAAUUGGAACUCAGACAACCUUCGGCGCGACGGCUAUUUUCACAUGUGACAUGGGCUACAUUCUGGUUGGCUCGACAGUGCGCGAGUGUCUGGCGUCUGGGCUGUGGAGUGGCUCUGAGACUCACUGCCUGGUGGGCCACUGUGGAGAACCAGAACGGAUCGUGAACGGUCAGGUGAUCGGGGAGAACUUUGGCUACAGAGACACGGUGGUAUAUCAGUGCAACCCAGGCUUCAGACUCAUCGGUUCUUCUGUACGAAUCUGCCAGCAGGACCACAGCUGGUCAGGACAACUGCCAUCCUGUGUGUCAAUCAGCUGCGGGCACCCAGGAAGUCCGAUAUACGGGCGUACGGUGGGAGACGGUUUCAACCUGGACGAUGUGGUCAACUUCCUCUGCAAUGAUGGCUACAUGCUGGAGGGACCGUCUCAGGCCCAGUGCCUUCCUGACCGCCAGUGGAGCCAUCAACCUCCCAGCUGCAGAGUGGUUAACUGCACCGAUCCUGGGAUACCACCCAAUUCCAUCCGGAAGAGUAAAAUCGAGUUUGGGAAUUUCACCUUUGGCACUGUCGUGUCGUACGACUGCAAUCCCGGGUAUUACCUCUUCGGGGCGUCUGUCCUGACCUGCCAGCCAGUGGCUUACUGGGAUCGACCGUUACCAGAGUGUAUCGAGGUGGACUGUGGUCACCCUAGUGUGCCGCCUCACGCACUUCUAAUUGGAGAAAAGUUUACAUUUGGUUCCACCGUCCGCUACACAUGCAUGGGAGGACAGCGGCUGAUUGGAGAUGCCACACAGACCUGCCAGCUCACCGGCCACUGGAGCGGCUCCCUGCCUCACUGCUCAGGUGAGGUCGCAGGUGAGUGCGGUGACCCAGGAACACCAGCUCACGCCACACGGGAAGAAGGAACCUUUCAUCAGCGUGUUAAAUUCCGCUUCACCUGCGCCACGGGCCACAUGCUGUAUGGCUCAGCCGAGCGCAUCUGCUUUCCCAAUGGCACCUGGUCAGGAAAACAGCCCAUCUGCAAACCGGUUCAGUGUGGUAACCCAGGCAGUCCAGCUAAUGGCCGUGUCUCCCAUGCGAACUCCAUGUCUUUCUCUCAUUCUGUUGUUUAUUCCUGCUCUGAUGGUUAUCGUCUCUCCGGUAUGGCCUCAAGGGUCUGCCUGCCCAACGCCACCUGGUCCGGCUCCGAACCCAACUGCACAUUGAUAAGCUGUGGUGAUCCAGGCAUCCCGGCCAAUGGGCUGCGCUUCGGCGAGGCCUUCACCGUUGGCCAGAACGUCACCUACGCAUGCCAGCCAGGGUUCCUGAUGGAGAACUCCAGCAUCAGCAUCCAAACCUGCACCCAUAAUGGAACCUGGAGUGGCACCUUACCCACCUGCCAAGCGGUAACGUGUCCUCCUCCACUCCAAAUCUCCAACGGUGAGGUGGAGGGCUCGGUCUUCCAGUGGGGCACCAGUGUUAGCUACCGCUGCCUGAGUGGCUAUGAGCUCUCCUUUCCUGCUGUCCUUACCUGUGUGGGCCAAGGGUCCUGGAGUGGUGAUGUACCGUUAUGCAUGCCCAAGUUCUGCGGAGAUCCAGGCAUCCCUGCUCAAGCCAAGAGAGAAGGCCAGAGUUUUAUCUUCAAGUCGGAGGUGUUGUACAGCUGCAGCGCUCCCUACGUGCUCGUGGGCUCGUCUACGCGUGUGUGCCAGGCCGACGGCACGUGGAGCGGCUCCCAGCCUCGAUGUAUAGAACCAACCAGAACAACAUGUGAGAACCCCGGAACUCCUGAAUAUGGUUCUAUGAACGCAAGCCUGGGAUUCAAGGUGGGCAGCACUGUGCGCUUUCACUGCCAGAGCGGUCACCUGUUAUUGGGCUCCACCACGCGGACGUGCCAGAGCGACCUCACCUGGAGCGGGACUCAACCCGAGUGCAUCCCCCAUUCGUGCAAGCAGCCUCGGAGCCCGCUGCAUGCCACCGUGGUGGGGAUGGACGUGACUUCGCUCGGCUACAUGCUCAUGUAUUCGUGCCAGCCGGGUUUCCUGCUCACUGGAGGCUCUGAGCAUCGUGUGUGCAGACCCGACGGAUCCUGGAGCGGGAAAGUGCCUGUGUGCCGAAUUGGCUCCAAACCAGCAGAGAAAGCACCGGUGCCUGUUCAAGGGACACCGAGUCCAAAAGCAAGCGUGCCCGAUGACGUGUUCACCCUGGCGUAUGUCUGGAAAGGCUCGCUCGAGUACAAGGCAGCAAAACAGCCUGUGACUCUGACAAUCACUAACUUUAACGCAAGCUCAGGCAGAGUGAACGUCACGCUCACCAACAGGAACACGGAGCUCUUACUGUCAGGUGUGUAUAAGAGCAGUGAAGCUCGUCUCACGCUGCGGCUGUACCACACGCGGGCUCUGGUGCACGGAACCCACGCGGCGAAGAUCACCGAAGAAACCUGGACCAUGGAUGGAUUUGUUUCAGCCGAGCAGGAAGGAGGUCCGUACGUGUUCCAGGGCUACAUCCAGGGCCGCGAUUAUGGACAGUUCGGGUUACAGAGACAAGGUCAGAACAUCACCGAGACGACGAGAAGCUCCGAGACGUCGCCUGGGACCAACAGCAGUUCUGUGGCUGUGGCAAUUCUCGUGCCUUUUUUUGCUCUGAUAUUUGCAGGGUUUGGAUUUUAUCUCUACAAACAGCGGAGGACGGACAAAGCCGAGUUCUCAGGCUGCUCCGCCCACGAAAACAGCAACGGCCAGGCCACGUUUGAGAACCCCAUGUACAACACCAACACCAAAAGCAUCGAGGGCAAAGUGGUGCGUUUCGACCCCAGCCUCAACACCGUCUGCACCAUGGUUUGACAUGAACGGACCCAUCAGACGGAUUAGCAUCGUGUCGCGUUUUAUUUCCUGACUUUUACGGAGGUUGCACAGAUUUACAGAGAAAGACUCAAGCACAGUCUGAGGAGCCAAUACUCCCAAUACUCCUAUACACUACAAACCACAUGCUUUAACCUCGGCGUGGAUCCGCAAGGGUGGCUCGGACUGCUUCACGUUUCGGGUGGAGUGUUUUCAGGUUGUGUAACUCACUCUAAGAGUGUCCUUGAUUUUUGUAUUCAAGAAAAACAGAUCUGAGGAGGCUUCAUGUGAAAUCUUGAACAUGCCGGGUUUUCAUAAGCCUUUCCCAGAAUGCUGCACAGUGCGAGUUUGCAUCAUCGUGUGUAUAUUGAUUUCUCAACACGGCUUCGCUUCUUCGCUUUCAUGCGCUCACAUCACCCUCCUGCAGAUCACGGCAGAACAGGUUGAGAGGAAAUGGUUAUAAAAUGAUGGAGAUGAUGGAGGAUCCCUUCUGUUCUCUCAUUUCUUUUUUUUUUUCUUUUUGUUUUUGGGUGCUUCCUGCUUCUGGAACAUUCUGCUACAUUUUCUUGUCU